GGGCCCUUUUCGCAGGAAAAUCGGUGGCAAAUAUGGGCGUAGCGGCUCCAUGACAUUAGUCUAGGCGACAACCGGCAGCCUACUGCUAUAUAAGUCCUAAUUCCCACAUUCCUGCUGUUCAAGAACCCUCUGCACCUCGAAUACCUUUUCAGCGACUCAGCUCAUUGUCGUCUUCACAUCCUUCGAGCCCUAUUACCACUCCCUCAAUGAUGACUGCAAUGAAACUCGAUGGCCGCUCUUCAGAGACCACCAUGCAGAAGCAGCGUUACUCUCGCGAGCUCGCCGCUUACACUUUCCAACAGUGGGACACGGCUCGCCAAGCACUAGAGCAAAGCAGAGCGCAGCACACAGAGAAGUCCAGCUCAAGGCGUUCGUCGCCUGUUCCCAGAGCCAACGGAAAACCUGUACGGGCUACUUCAGGUAUACUGUCUGUGGACUAUGCUCGUAAAUCACACAAGCCUACAGAAGGCACUGGUACUGAAGGGCGUGUCGUCAAGCCCAAUAUGCUUUGAUGAUUGUUGCUCGCUUCAUCCGCCUUUGUGUGUAGGCGGGAUAAGUCGAGUCCUCUCAGUGCCCAGCCCACAACCCCAGCUCUCCAUCAUAUUGCUUCUUGACACUAUCACUACCCCUCGAGCCCUGACUCGGCACUGCUCCACUUUGCCUGUGACAGGACCCUCGAAUGGACCGCCUCUCUUCUCAUUCCCAGUCAGAUUAUGUCAUAUUUAUUCGCAUUCAGAUUAUUUACCCAGCUCGUUGGUUACAAUAUGUAUCAUACCUGGUCACACGCACCUGACGUCUUCACUCUUCUGGGAACACUAGUGUCAUCAGUACCCCUCUUCUUUACCCUAGACCUCAUAUGAUGUAAAAUAGCGACCACGAACUUGAAUUGAAACCCUAUUACGGUGUCAUGUUUAACAGUGAAGCUGCUUGAUAAG